UUUCUUUGUCUUUCUACCUUCAUCACCCUCCAAACUUUCACUUUUACUUACUGCCAGAAUCGAAUGGAAAAAGAGCAGCACGAAGCUACUCACCCAUCUCCAGUGUUCCAUGAUUUCCCUACCGCCGUUAAUACCCCUACCUCAACAACGUCCGAUGUCACUUUCAACCUAGAUGCCACCGUUUCGUUUCCUCCCGUACCUCGGACGACAACCGUACAAUGGCAAGAGGAAAAGGAGACCCAACAGUCGCAUGCUGAAGAAGCCUUUGACCUUGUCAGCACCUUUACCCAGGGAAAUUCCAAUUCGAGACCGAAGAAGAGUGGUGGUGUACUGUCCAACUUAAUUCGCUUGGGUAUUGCCGACCGUCGGUUAAAGGCUACACAGCACCAGCAGCCGUCCAAAAAGAAGAAGCGGCCUCCGCUUUACAAGUCGAAAUCAAGUCUAGCUUCUCAAUCCUGGAAUGUGCUUGGUGCAUCACAAGGAAUAUGGUCUUCGUCUACCCCUUUGCAGACUCGCUCGGCAAGGACUAGUUUGGACUUAAGUGAAGACCCAUAUACCCUCGCCGAACAAGGUUCAGCCAACUAUGUACAUCAUUUACAAGAGAGGAUGCAAAUCACAGCGGAUAUUGCAGAUAUUUUGCAGCGUCAGGAAUUCAUCAUAAAAUUAGGCAAAGGUCUCAUCCGAGCCGGCGCUCCAUCUCACCGAAUCGAAGCUGCUUUGGACCACACAUCCAGACGCUUGGAUGUCGAUGGUAGUUAUAUGGUGUUACCAGGUUUGAUGAUGUUGACGUUUGGAGAUGCUGAAACGCAUACGUCAGAAACAAAAUUAAUCAAGUGUGCUCGUGGAUUGGAUGUUGCAAAGUUGGAAAGAGUCAAUCAUAUUUCGCAUAUGGUUGCUCGCGGAAAAAUGGCCGUACCAGAAGCACUUGACAUGUUGGAAGAGGUGCGAAAAAGUCCUCCAACCUGGUCCACCUACUGGGUACUGGGUGCUUAUGUGGUCUCUGCUGCCACCGUCGCUUCAUUGUUCUUUGGUGGUAGCUGGACUGAUUUUUGGGUUUCAGGUAUAUUUGGUCUCUUCGUUGGUCUUUUUACACUCGUGGCCGAGCGAUUUCCAAUGAUAGCCAAUGUGUUCGAAAUCUUUGUUAGCAUCUGUGUUGCCGUUAUUGCACGAGCGCUUCAUCAAUGGAUUUGCUUUUCUGCCGUGUCCCUUUCAGCUGUCGUUAUCGCUCUUCCAGGCUACUCCUUGACAAGUGCUGUUAUGGAACUAUCGGCACGCAACAUCGUCAGUGGAAGCAUUCAUUUGAUCUACGCGGUCAUGUACGCUUUGAUGCUUGCGUUUGGACUCGGCUACGGAAGCGCAGUCUACGAUGUAGCGGCGCAUCCAACCUCCACAGACGAAUCCAUGUACUGUCAAUCCGACCCAGUCAACCCAUUUUUUUACUUCUUGUUACUUCCCAUUGCAUCUGUUAGCAUCUCCAUCAUCUUUGGUGGUAGCAUCCGACAGAUCCCUGUCAUGCUCUGCGGAGCGUCGGUCGCUUUCACUAUUUACCACUUUAUGUCUCAGGUCCCUUCACUCAAUUCUGAGAUCGUUACCAGCGUGGCAGCGUUUGGCCUAGGCAUGUUUGGUAACUUGUAUUCCAAGAUUCUCAAAAAAAUGUCAUUCCCUAUCUUGAUAGGUGGCAUUAUCAUCCUUGUCCCAGGCUCGCUUGGCGUUCGCGGUGCCAUUAAUUUAUUUGAUGGCAGCGAAAAUGACAACAGUGGUAUAUUCGCUGUCAAUAUGGUCGCCAUUGGUUUGGCGGUCACUCUUGGACUCUUCAUGGCCAACGUCGUCGUAUACCCGAAUGGCAAAAAGCGGCAUGUAUUCCUUGGCUUUUAGAAAACCAAUGGCAAAAGUGCUACCCGCGUAUCAUUCUAUACACACCCCUCUAUUCACAUUUCCUAUGUUUCUGCAUACUGCUAGAUUAAUUGCUACUCUUCGUUUUUAUUUUAUUU